AUGAUCGAGUCCAUACAGCUUGAAGAAAAAGAAAAUAUUAUUAAUAGCGAAAACAAAAAUAUCAAUAAUUUUAAUAGUUUAAUUGAUUUUCAAGAUGGGAAAGAAAUGAAUAAUAAUGAUAAUGUUAAUGAAGAUAAUACAAAUAAUAAAUUAAGUAAUAGUGGUAGUAGUAGUAGUAGCAGUAGUGGCGGUGAUAAUAAUCGCGGUAAUAAAAAUACUGUUGAUACAAUGGUAAAUGAUUCUAAAGAGAUAAAUAGUCAUGACAUUAGAGUAAUUGGUGAAAUUAAUAAUGAUUUAAAAAAUAAUAAUAACAAUAAUAAAAAUAAUGACUUAAAUAAUGAAAAUAAAAAUAACUUAACAAGUUCAUUAGAUCACCAAAAUAUAAAUAAUUCUAGUAUCAAUAGUAAUAAUAAUAAGAAUAAUAGACAAAAUUCAAGUUCAAAUACAAAUGAGGAAUUUUCUUCAACAAUUUCAACAUUUGAUAAUUUUUCUUCAACUACUUCAAAUAAUAAUGAUUCAAUUAGUAAUAAAGAAGAAAAUAAUUUAACAAAUGAUGAAUUAAUGAUGGAAAAAUCAUUUUCAUUAGGAGGACAAUUUAAAUCAAUUAGAGAAGGAGGAUUAAUUGAACAUUUUAUAGUUGUUGGAUUAUCAAAGGAUACAGUUAUUAAUAGUGGGGAAAAGGUUUCACAUGAUGGCAAAAUUUUAUAUCAAUAUCCACCUGACAAACCAUGUGAUCCACAAGUUGUUAAUUUUUGUUUUCCAGAUGGUAUAAAGUUAAUUCAAGUUAAAAGAAGACAUUCAUUGACCGAAUUGAAUUCAGUACUCUACAAAUCAUUAUCACAAUUGGAAGGUUCAGAUAGUUCCUUUAUGUUUUUAAUAACUGGUCAAGAUCAUUUACUUUAUGGUUCUUGUGUUUUAAACACUGAGAUGAUCAAUGAAUUACCUGGUUUUUUCCCUGAAUCUUUAAAUCGAAAUGAUAUGGAUACUUAUGGCGGUAGUGGUGGUGGUGGUGGUGGUGGUAGUGGUGAUGAGGCUGUUGAACAACCACCUUCAAGUCCUUAUUGUUUCUUUACACCAAGAUGUUAUUGUGUCAUUAGUAGAUUUCCAUUUUUUAAAUCACAUUUCGAUUUUAUUUAUUCAAUAAUUGGUAAAGAAAGAUUAAGUAGAUUAAAUAGAUUUUAUCAACAACAAGAAUUAUUUGAAAAAAAUUUACAACAACAAAAAGAACAAGAACAAUCUUCAUUAGCAAAAUCACAAUUUCAACAAGCUCAUAAAAGAUAUACUCAAUAUAAUUAUAAUUCUUUACAACAAUCUCAACCAAUUCAAUUAAAUCAACAUCGUCAACAACAUCACCAACAACAGCAGCAACAAAUAAUUCAACAACAGCAGCAACAACAACAACAAUUAGAACAACAACAACAAAAUUUAUAUAAGCCAAGACCAAAUAAACCAUUACCAUUACCACCAGGUAGUUUAAAUAAAACUUCUUACCCAAGUGGAAGUUUAUUUUCACCACUUUCAUUUACACCACCUGAUGAUUCUCCAAAUUUUAUUUCAAAUAAUUUUAAAUCAAAUAGUGAACAAUCUUCAUUACUAUCUGAUCAACAAUCUAAUCAGCAUCAACAACAACAAUUAAGUUUUUCACCAAAAAUUGGUCAUUUUAGAUCUGUAUCAGUUAAUAAUAAUAAUAAUCAUUCAAGAUCACAUUCAACACCAAUUUCAAAUCAAACUAAAAUUGCAAUUCAAAAUCAUUUAAAUGGUGGUGGUAAUAAACAACAUUUAAAUGAAGUUUGUUCACUUGAAACUAUCAUUGAUGAAUCUUUAAAUAAAAUACAUGAAUCAUUAGGUUCAUCUGAUAAUUUUGAUGAUGAUUGUGAUACAAGUGACUUGGGUUCUUCAAAUAAUAGUUUUUCAAUUUAUAAUAGUUUUAAUAAUUCUGUAAAUAAUAUGACACCAAAUCAUUUCUUUAGUAGUAAUAAUAAAAAUGAAAAUACUACUUUUAAUUCACCACCACCAUUAAAUAAUGUAGAAUAUUUAUCAGAAUUAAAUGGUGGUUUAAAAAGUAAUCAACAACCUCAACAACCAAUUCAAAAUGAUAAUGAGUUAUUAUUAUCACCAUCACAACAACAAACUUCUCCAAAACCUUUACCAAAAGUACCUCCAAUUUUAAAUACACAUUUGCCACCACCAGUCUCAAUUUCAUCAUCAAAUAUAACCUCAACCACAACGACAACAGUAACAGUAAGAACAGCAACAGAAACAAUAGGAACUACAAAUAUAAAUAAUUCAAAUAAUUCAAAUUUAUUACCACCACCACCAUCAGCACCACAAAUUUCAAUUACUCAAUAUCUAACAUCAUCAUCAUCAACUUCAUCAACAAAUUCAUCAUCAACAACAAAUUAUAGAAAAAGUGUUUAUGCAACACCAUCAUCAAUGACACCAUUAACAUUACAACAACCAUCAUCAUUGGCAUCUUCAACAUCUUCGAAUAAUUCAAAUAAUUCAAAUAAUUCACCAACAACAACAACCACUACAAAUAGUACAAAAAAACCAUCAAUAUCACCACCAACUAAUACAAAUAUUAAAAAAUCAACAAUACCAACAUCAUUUUCAUCAUCAUCAUUAUCAAGCUUAUCAAAUUCAAAUAAUUCACAUCAGCAACAACAAUCAGAACAUCCAAGUUUAGUUGAAGAGGAAAUUCAAACGAUUGAAUAUUAUUAUUCAAAGAGUGUACCAUUGGAAAAUGAAAAAUUAUCAUUACAAUUUCCUGGUGAUUCAAAUCCAACUAUUUAUGGGUGUGGUGAUGAUAGUUUUCAACUUGAAAAAUGGUGUUUAUCAGGAUUAGUGAAAGCAUUAUCAUUAAAAACUCUAAUUCAAGCAAUGUCAUGUAUUCUAUUGGAAAAGUAUUUAUUGGUAACAUCGAAAAAUAUUGGAACCAUUUCAAAUAGUGUUUUCGCAUUCAUACCUCUACUCAAACCAUUCAUUUAUCAAGGUGCAUUUAUACCAGUUUUACCAAACUCUGCAUUGGAUGCAUUGUAUUGCCCUAUCCCAUUUAUAAUUGGUAUCACAAAGAACUUGGCUACUCUAAGUAGUGAAAUGCCCGAUGCCUUAUCAAAUUGCUAUGUUUUAGAUAUCGAUAGAGAUCUAAUUAUACCUGGUUCAAAUUGUUCACCCAUUUUACAUUUACCAAAUCAAGAUAAAUUCGAAUUCAUAUUGAAACCUCAUUACAAUGAAGUCUCAAAAGAAAGUAGAAAAAAAUAUUCCCUAGAUUAUCCUUUCAAAUCAAUUCCAAAUGAUGCAAAAUAUUUACAAUCAAUUUCAAAUGAAUUUAAAUUAUUCAAUCGUUUCAUUCUAGAAAGUAUAGCUUAUCUAAUUGAUUGGAAUCCUUCUUUUGAUUUUGGUAAUCAUUCUCAUCGUGAUCAAUUAUUAAAAUUAAUUUCACCUUUAAAUCAAAAUUUCGUUGAUCAAUUCUUAUCUUCACAAUUAUUUACUUCUCAUACUGAAUUAUUAUUUGAAAGAAAUAUUUUAAAUUAUAAUAAUAAUAAUAAUAAUAAUAAUAAUAAUAAUAAUAAUAAUAAUAAUAAUAAUAAUAAUAAUAAUAAUAAUAAUAAUAAUAAUAAUAAUAAUAAUAAUAAUAAUAAUAAUAAUAAUAAUAAUAAUAAUAAUAAUAAUACCUUAAUUUUAAAUCAUUAUAAAUCAAAUAGAUUAUAA